CCAGGCUCGUUCACAUGAUGGGCGGCAGCAUUUGGCUGCACUCGUGUCUUGGCACCGGCAGCACUUUUGCCUUCUCGGCCACCUUUGCUGCUUCCUCCCUCGCCCCCUGCUCCCCCCGCCAUGCGGCCCUCCUCCCCCCCGCCGCACGGUGAGUGCGGAGGAGCUCGACCGCCGCCUCGCCCUCGACGCCCUCUCGCUGUCGCUCCUUCCCUCCCUCCCCACCGCUCCUCCUCCCGCUCCCUGGCGCCCGCCCUCUCCCCCUCCUCCGCCACCUGCCCUGCCCCCUCGCUCACGGCCCGCCUGCCUGCUGCUGAGCGCAAGGGGUGGGGCGAGGAAAGGCGGGCAGAAGGCGGCUUGGAUGCAGCAGCAGGUGUGGCGGGGGAGCAAGCAGCAGGAGUGCGGGAAGGAAAGGCAGAGGUCUCAGGAGGCGAGAGCAGAGGCAUGUAUGCGAGGGCUGUCACAGCAGGGGUUGGAGGUGGUAGGGGUAGGGUGCAGCAGUUGAGGGGCGGUGAGAGCAGGGCUGGGCGCAGCAGGCGGCGAACACAGAGCUUCACAUGUGGGGAUGCGGCCACAGGGCGCAUGCUGGACGACGUGCUGCUGCGCGCGCGUGAGGAGCAGCAAGCAAUUGAGGAGCAGCACGCUCGCCAGGAGCACCAGGCAGCCAAGCUGCCUCCCGCCAGGCUGACUGCUACUGCUUCCCACACUCAGGGCGCCCCUGCCCCUGCCCAGGAGCAGGAACAGCAGCAGCUGCAGCUAGCAUCGUCUGGAUUGGAACGAAGUAGCAGUGAGGGGUUUACAAUGCGGCGGCGGCCUCUGCUUGUGGUUCGAGGGAGGACUCGGUCCAUGGAGUGUGGUGGGGCAGGGGAGAGCAGGGAGUGGGGCAGUGUGGGCGCGGAGGACAUUGUGAGCGUGCAGAUGAGAGGCAGGGAGGCUACUGGCAGAGGCUCAGGUGGCGCCACCGCCAGUGAGAGCAGUGGUGGCGACGAGGGCAGGCCGCCCGGCAGCAGUCCUCGGCAUGUGCCGCCCCGCCUCAAGUCGUGGGGUCCCGGCAGUGGCAGUGGCAGUGGCAGUGGCAGUGGCAGUGGCAGUGGCAGUGGCAGUGGCAGUGGAGUGCGCAUGGCAGGCAGUCCGCACACAGGGGCGGGUGCCAGGGGCAUAGGGGCCAGAAGCGUUAGCAGCAGAGCAGCAGCCAGCGGGUCCAGCAGCCCUCAUGCACACGCCGGUGCUAGUGGUGGUGGUGGGGCCGAUAGCGCUGCCCGCGUGGUGCCUGGUGGGGCGGAGGCAGGAGUGGCAAAGCUGAGCCGGGUGGUGGAGAGGGAGGACGAGGGGGGGAGCGAGGAGGACGGCCCGGGGGGCAGGUCAGGGCAGCGCAGGAGGAGAGAGAGGCGAGCACAGGUAGGUGGUGCUGGGCGCCUGGCAGCAAUGGAGGGCAGUGCGCAGGAGCAGCGGGGGGCUGGUGUGGGCACGGAAGGGUGGCAGGGCGGUGGGCAGGCUGUGGGGAUGCAAAGGGGAGAUGAGGGGCUGCAGAAGGGGUUGGGUGCAUCUCAGGAGGAAGGAGGCGAGGUGGGAUGGAGAGGCAAGCAUGUAUGGCGGGCCCCUCCCUUGUCGGUGGAUGUGAGUGGGUGUGGGGAAGAGGCAGCAGCUGGGGUGGGCAGCAGCAGCAGGUUUGACGAGUCACUGCCUGCGCCUGGGACGCACAAUGACAAGUCGGAUGCCUCGCCACCAGCGUUAGGCAGUGCCGGCCACGCCCACGGUGAGCCACCCACCUGUGGCCGUGCCAGUGCCUCCCCUAUGCACCCACCCAUCCCUGCAGCAGCUGCGGCAUCACGGCCCAGGGCAGACUCGUCUGUGGCGUUGGGUCGGCAGCGUCAGCUGAAUGCUCGACAGCUCACUUUCCAGCUGCCCGAGGACGCCUCCCCCGACCACACGCCCUCCACGCCUACCUUUGUCCCUCGUAGAGCGUCUCAGGGGCCUCCUGCUGCCUCCACUCUUGCCUCCUCCACCCCUCCCUCCUCCGCGCUGCCCCCCCUCACCAUGGAGCCGAGCACCAUGGACGCCAUAUAUGCGCGCAUCCAAGCAGCUGCUGCCGCCCAGCGCUCCCUCGCCCCCGCUCGCUCGCCCCGCACUGGCGCUUCUGCAGGCGCCGUGAGUCGCAGCUUCUCGCGCAGUAGGGAGCCUCCCCCCUUGGACGUGCCGACCACGCCGCUGUCGUCCUCGGCUCGGCGCACUGGCGGGGGCCUGACUCGGCAGAAGUCAGGCGGGCUGGCGCUGCUGCAGCGCCAGGGCACGGGGCUGGCCCGCCAGGGCACGGGGUUGGGGCGGCAGAUGAGCAUGAAGCUGAAGCAGAAGGUGCGCGCCGCCAGCCCGCGGGCGCUGCUGUCGUCGACGGCGCUGAACAUCCUGCUGGCAGAUGACAGCGUGGUGAACCAGAAGGUGGCGGUGCGCUUCCUCAAGAAGAAGGGGAUGGUGGCCGACGCCGUGGGCGACGGCGCUCAGGCCAUCCAGCGACUCUACCCCAAAGACGGCGGCAUCACGCCCUACGACCUGCUGCUGCUGGACGUGCAGAUGCCGGUGAUGGACGGUCUUCAGACAGUGCGAGUCAUCCGCGAGAAGGAAAUGGCAGAGAAGCUGCCCCAUCUUCCAGUCAUUGGCCUGACAGCCCAUGCAGCUGACGUGUACCGCGACCAGUGCAUAUCCGCAGGCAUGGACGGCUUCGUCUCCAAGCCGUUCACUGUGAAUCAGCUGCUGAGCAUGAUGCAGUCGGUGCUUGAAAAAUACUCGUAUAAACGACUCCCACCUGAAGCUAUGGCAUCAUAGUUGAAAUGCAACACGUUUACUGUACCUUUACAAAGAGUAAUUUAUUGCAGCUGAUCAGUCCUGUAUGUAUCAGAGAAACAACAGCUCAUAUGGUGUUUUCAGGAAGUUGAAUGUGCACCCUUGCAUUGUUGGAAACACACUACGAUUCGUGAGUCUCAUCGUGGUGUAGCAGCCGAAGAAGCUGCGGCUGUUCUGGAAGAAUCUCUAGGACUGACUGCAAUUUGCGGAGCGGAGUGUCAAACAUGUG